GUCAGACAACAAAAUAAUAAGAUCGCAACUUGUCUGAAUAAUUAUAGGUUCAGAAGAGAGGAUAAUAAUCUUGGAGGUUCCCAGUCAGAACAACGUUAAUACGAACGAAAGCGAACAAAGCAGGCGAGAAUCCGACAAAAAUGACCAUGGUUAAGGUGGAAGAUGAGUCACGCGCUCUCGUCGAAGGCAAAUGCGGAAAUAUCCUGGGAUGUGGUGUUGUCGACGGUGACGGCGGCGAGGAGCAUCUCCGGGUUGAGAUCGCCGGUAACGGCACCUUGCACGGAACCAUCGCCGGAUCUGUCGCCGGAGAAGGUGGAUUCUCAGCUGAGAAACCGAUACAUGAAGCUAGGUCCACGGACGCUCCUUCCUCUGAUUUGCCAGAUCCUUCAACCAUCCUUCUUCCAAAUCAACUUACUAUCUUCUUUGGUGGGAAAGUUUGCGUCUUCGAUGGAAUCCCAGCGGAAAAGAUUCAAGAAAUCAUCCGUAUUGCUGCUGCUACUGCUGCUGCUACUGCUGCUGCUAAAUCCAUUGAGACAAAGAACUCUACAAGCGUGAAACCUGUCGCUUCUUCAGCACUGAACAGAGCUCCUUCUUUCUCAAGUACCUCUACUGGAGCUUCACCAGCUGCACCGUCAUUCUCAAUUCCAUUUUGCAGAUCUGCGGCGGAUCUACCAAUUGCAAGGAGGAAUUCACUUCAAAGAUUCCUCGAGAAGAGAAGGGACAGAUUGGUCAACAAAAACCCUUACCCUGCUUCAGACGUCAAGAAGACAGAUGUCCCAAAGGAUACUGCCUCUAUUAAGGAAGAGUAUCCCAUUGCUUAGCAGAAGAUCAACCUUCAAGGCUACAAUAAGUGAAACGUUUAUGAUAAUGUAUCAUAUGUGCUCCUGUGUGUAGUAUGCUAGUGUUUAGACAAAACCGAAGAUUUGUUUGCAUGGCCCGACAUGUUCUAUCAUUUUACAUCUUCUCCAAGGAUGAAGAAGAAAGUAUUAUUGUAUACUGAAGACAAAAACUAUUGUGGUUCUGAAAACAGUGUCCUAGAGAGUCUUAUCUCUUAACUAAUAACUCUUUGAUGUUAUAUGUUCUUGAACUUGUUAUCUCUUUCAGAUACAAUGUGUUUGUGUAAGAUUUAAGGAAGUCUGUGGUAUUGCUAUAAUAAGCUUUUCUUA